AUGAAGCCUUUGUCUGGUACUUUCACUAUUGUUAAUCUCAAGUAUGAGAAUCGCGCAGUUUUGCCCAGCGAUGAACGCGAAGCGGGACUUGCCUGCGUUGUCCCCUUGGACAUGGUGUCUAUUAACGAUGAAGCAAUGUGGACGCUAACACCAAUUCUCGGCGAUCGAUAUAGCAUCAAGAAUGUUCGAUACAAUCACUUUUGUGCAACCAGAAAGCCCUCUCAGCCGGGAGCACCGAUAGUAGGCGUAGAAAAGCCGCUAUCAUGGUGGAUUAUCGAAGAGCAGAAUGUUGCAAUAUACGGGCCAAAUACAUAUAUUAUCAAGGACCAUGUGAGACGGGAUCUAUGCUGGUGUCCCGAAGACGAGGAGGAUGGUUCACUGAUCCGCAUCACUCCGUAUGCUCUUCAAGAGCAGAAAAUGUGGAGGAUCGAACCAUGCGUUGCUUCGCAUCCAGCACUGCUUGUUUCCCAAUCCACGGCACGAUCUGAAUCUGCGCCGCUAGUUGCUCAUCGUAGCAAACCUGAUGUAAAUGGGCUAUUGAAAGAUCUUGACCAAAUCGGUCAAGUCACAAUAAGUCAUACAGAUAAUGAACUUGCGCCUGAAGUGGCUUGGGGCUCAAAUUCCAAGAGCAGCAGGACGUCUGGGAAUCUGGCGAUGGUCUACCCUGUGCAAAAUGACCAAGCCUUAGAUCUCCAAACUCAUGCUAGCAAGGAAGCGGACACGAGUAGAAGAGCGAUCUCACUGUCCAAUGAGCAGCUUGCGAAGCUUAUAGAGAUGUCUGACGAAGACAAGAAAACCUACAUUGAUCUCCUCGAUGAGGUGCUUAAAACAACCACGGAAGAAGAAACGAGCCUCAAGAUCUUCCGCGUGCUAAGAGGACUCUGUGCCAUGACAGGAUCGCUUCCUCGAUCCUUUUAUAUCCCUUCUGCUAUGCUCCAGAAGCAAGAACCUCAGUCUAAAGAUUUUGGAGGAUUCGCUGAUGUAUGGUUAGGGCGUUACAUGAAUCAAAAUGUUGCCCUCAAGAUAGUUCGAAUUCAUCCCAAUGAGCGCGAGAAUGCUUUCGCCAAAGAAGCCGUCUGCUGGCGGCAUGUAUCACAUCCCAAUGUCGUGCCAUUUCUGGGUGUGGAGGACUCUGAUAUCCAGUUCUGCAUGGUUUCCACAUGGAUGCCAAAUGGGAACUUGGUGUCCUAUCUGAAAACCAAUCCACUCGCGGGUCGGCUUGAACUGAUUACAGACAUCAUAAAAGGCCUCCGGCACUUGCAUUCUCUGCAUGUUGUUCAUGGCGAUUUGAAAGGGGCUAAUGUUUUAAUCGACGGCCAGGGGCGCGCCUGUCUCUCCGACUUCGGCCUGACGGCAGUCGCUAGUGACGCAGGAGCCACCGUCGGAGCAACGGCAACUGCGUCCGCUGCAGGGACAUCCGUUCGAUGGACGGCACCGGAAUUGCUCAAUCCGGAAUAUUACAACCUAUCCCAUGCACGCGCAACAUACGAAACUGACGUCUAUGCACUGGCAAUGGUCAUGUACGAGAUUUUCUCGGGGCAAUUGCCGUUCUACGAACAACGGAACGACGGUGCUGUCAUACGAUGCAUUAUAUAUGAUGAGCGUCCCUCGCGGCCUUCACAAGCUUCCUCCCUUGGACUCUCCGAUUCCGUUUGGAGACUAAUGCAAGAGUGCUGGCGCUCACAGCCCGAUAUUCGCCCACCAUUACCGAUUCUUCUCAAGCGGCUGAGUUGGUGA